GGUGCUUGCAACUGCUUUUGGUGAUGUCCGAAAACACCAAAGAUUCAACACUGUUCACCUCCCUUGCGUUCGCCAUGACCAGUAGUCCCAUCUAAGGAUCGGUCGAUCCCAGCAUAUUGCCUAAUCCUCUUCUACCUUCGCCAUUCGCUCUCUCAUACCUUCCUUCAAGCGACCGAUAACCAAUUUCGUGCUCGUGGACCUCUCUCCUAAUCAGCCCCGUCUUGCCAUCUUUUCGGCUUCAGAGUGUGUCUGAUCUGGCAUCAUUCGUACUUUGACACACGCUCCGACCUCCUUGUCCAGCAAGCACCACCCGAUUCUGAUAGACGAUUCGAUCGCUUCGCCCCAAUGCCUCGGCUGUCUCCCCGGAGGCUGGCUCCGUUGCUUAUCGCAAUCGGCGUCUUCGCCCUCUUCUCCCUCUUCUUCACACUCCCAGGCUCGAUACCAGCGACACCAAGCUUGUCCAAGACUCUCGCCGAUCACAAGCUAUCUCUGCCAAGCAUACCGAAGCUUCCGAGUCUGCCUAAUUCGCUCUCCUCUGGUCUCCUCGCGCCGUUCCGACCACCGGCCCACGCCCCGCCCGUCCAGAAGAACUCUACUUACGACGGAGUGUCCUGGUACUCGAAUUGGAACUGGCUGAGCGCUUUCUCCUCAUCCAUCACUCUCGAUGAGAACCGAUCGCUCCUCCCGCCCCUGCAGGAACGCCCAGCCAUCUACUGCUACUACGAUACGAGCAUCCAGCGUGAUGCCAAGACCAAGGAGGCGGAGAGUGAGCUGCUCCUGACAUGGAGACGCGCUUGGUGGUCACAGGGCUUCCGCCCGGUCAUCCUGAGUGACGCGGAAGCCACCAAGAACCCUCUGUAUGACGAGGUCCAGCGCUUAGACGUCGAGUCGACAUUCAAGAAGGACCUCAUGAGGUGGCUGGCCUGGGAGAACAUGCGGGGCGGCAUUCUGGCACACUACAGGCUGUUCCCGAUGGGCGACUCGCACGAUCCCCUAUUAUCUUUUAUGCGGAGAGGAGAUUUUCCCAAGCUGACUCGAUGGGAAGGCCUCAGCAGCCGUCUUUUCGUGGGUCCGAAGGCCCAGGUCACCGAGGUGCUGACCAAGGCGUUACGGAGCAAGAAGACGAAGGGCGUCAAGGACGUUAUUGCCGCCGUUGAGGCCGCAGACUUCCAGGUAGAUAAGCAGCCUGCGGCCGUGGCAUACUACGACAGCAGGACUGUCGAGCAGAAGUAUGACAAGGUUGCCGCAGAGCUCGCGUCGGAUCAUGCAAGCGGUCUCAAGAGCCUGAACCGUCUUAUUAACGCCCAUCUGCACAAUUCAUGGCAACGGAGCUUCAAAAAGGGCAUCGCGGUCUUGAAGCCCCUGCCUCGACACACUACGAGAAUGGUCGAGGCGGCGUCAGACCUGGCGAAGUCGUUGUCAACCUGUCCCACAACCCCAAUGCCCGAUUCUUGCCCGCCAAACCUGCCGAAAUGCACCCCGUGUUCUCCCAAGAAGCCUGUCAAGAUCACAACCCCCGCAACCUAUCGCAACACAACUGACCUCUUCACCAUUGGAACGGUGCCACACCCAUAUACACUGCAAUCACUGAACAGCCAGCGUGCUUAUUUGAACCUCACAUGGAUAAGAGAGGAAUCGCCGCGAGAUCUCUGGCUCGAGACGGUGUCUAAGGACUUGUUCAGCAAGAAGGUGUCAAGCUCUGCCCGACUGCUCAGAUUCAAGGAAGCCGUGGCAGGUAAGCAGACUCGCUACAGCUCCAUUUGGCUGACUGUCGAGCGUGAGACACCACGCGACUUGGAGUGGUGGUUUGGCUUUGAUCUCCAUAUAGGCACCGAGGCUGCUCAGGAAACGGCCAGCACUCCCAAGGCGAAAUCUGAGGAGAAGCCCAAGGCGGAGAAGAGAGCCGAUGACAAGGAAGGGGCGACACCCGCAGCCCCUCUGGGGCCUGCGUCCGCGUCCGCGGCGGAAGACGUUGAGACCGAUGAUGAACGAGAGCUACAGCUUCUGAUGAAGGCUCGCGCGAUGAGGAAGACCAAGGACAAGAACGAGAUCCGUAUCAGGAACGCCAUUGAAGCGUGGAAUCUUGCCGAUACGGAGGCGUGGAAGUUCACCAAGGCCUUCAUGGCCCGGUCCCGAGUUGAGAGACUGAAGUGGGAGGAAGAGGAGAGCAAGUAUGCCGAGGGAGUCGGACGGGACACUGAGACUGGUGCAAAGAGUGGGUGGACCCAUCGCUGGAAGGAUGAUCCCCAGCCUUGAAAGCAGAUAGAGCGUUGGGGGUCCGUAAUGUUUUCAGCACGGCGUUUUUUGUGUUGUAUUUGACGGUGCGUUUGGAAGCUCAUUAAUGGACGCAUUUUUGUCGUGCAUAUAGAGGCUAGUAGAGCACCUGCGAACAUUUUAAACAGCCAAUAAAUAUCUCUUCUUUAUUCGUGCAC